AUGCACUUCUCAGCCAUCACUCUGCUCGCUGCGGUUGCAGCCGUCAGCGCCCAGUCUUCUUCUGCCCCCGUCGUCGCCAACAACCCCUACGACGCCAGGUACCGCGCCGAGAUCACGCCAAAGGCCGGCAAGGAUCUAUCUGUUGCCAUCGAGGGCACCUCAAUGCCUGACGGUCACGGUGUCAAGUUCGCCGUUGCCUUCAACGGAUUGGUCGAAGCCGAGGGUCCCUUCACGUACCACAUCCAUGCCAAGCCCGUUCCCACUGACGGCAACUGCACGGGCACUGGCGCUCACUUGGACCCUUACAACCGCGGCGACACACCUCCGUGCGAUGCCUCCAAGCCUGAGACAUGCGAGCCUGGUGAUCUAGCGGGAAAGCAUGGCAAGGUCACUAAGGCGCAGUACUCGACCGAAUACGUUGAUAUGUACUUGGCUACCAACCCCGCAGACCGGUCUUUUUUCGGAAACCUGUCUAUUGUUGUCCACCUUCCCAACAAGACGCGCAUUGGCUGCGCCAACUUCACCAUGGUCAACGCUGGUGUUGCUCUUCCCUCUCCCUCUGCUGGUUACGGCAUGCCUCAGUCCAACUCUACUAGCAUGGUUCCCUCGGGCACGACUGGUCUUCCCAUGUCUCCUACUGCAACCACCACAAAGCCUGCUGAGUUCAGCGGCACUGCCACCAAGGUCGCUGGCGGUGCAGGUGCCCUGCUCGUCGCUGCCUUCGCCCUUGUCUUGUAG